AUGAUCAAUGAUGGAGGUUCACACUUUUAUGAGCGACAUUUGGAUGCGCUUCUGCGCAAAUAUAAAGUCUAUCACCGCACUGGGCUAGCCUACAACCUUCAAACGACUGGGCAAGUUGAGGUCUCCAACCGGGAGAUCAAAUCUACUCUCAAGAAGGUGGUAGCAAAGUCUAGGAAAGACUUGAGCGAUAAGCUGGAUGAUACUCUAUGGGCAUACCGGACUGCAUUUAGGACACCUAUUGGUACUUUCCCGUAUCGAUUAGUGUAUGGUAAGGCAUGUGAUUUUCCGGUGGAAAUGAAAUACAAAGCUUUCUGGGAAAUCAAGGCAAUCAACAUGGAAGUUAAGCUAGCCCGUGAGAAGCGGAUACUACAGUUGAAUGAGCUUGAUGAGUUUAGAUUACAAGCUUAUGAUAGUGCUCGAAUAUACAAAGAGAAGACCAAGCGAUGGCAUGACAGUCACAUCCUUAAAGGAAGUUCGUAG